CAGCGUGUGACUUUUACAAAGCGCUUCCUGCUGUCUGAGGUAGCAUUGCUCCUGCACUGACUACAAGGCAGCUUCUCUCAGGUUCUGGUGAGAGCUAUGAUUUAUCAAGGUGUAUACAGAACUCCCUCUCUGUGGUGCAGGUUACACUCUACCUAUGUUAGAAAAAUGCGAUACUUGUUUAAGCUAAAGGAAGAUGAUGGCAUCUGUAGGCAAGCCCAAAACUCAGGAACAUUCUACCUCUUUCACAAUCUCUCUCCAUUCGUUAAGAAAGUCGGGAGCAAGUACUUGGCACCACAGAUAAGUGUAGCAGAAAUGAAAAGCAUGCUGGGGAAGUUCAAACAGAAUGAACAGAUGAUAGAGGACUCGGUGCUGAUUGGCUGUUCAGAUGAAUGCAUGGCAUACUUUGCCCUGGAUCUAGGGUCCUUGGAGAAAUCUGUCAUUGAAUCUGAAUUGAGGGGGUCAUUUACCGAAUUACGGAAGGCUUUCUUUCAACUAGAUGGGAAAGAUGCACCCUUGUUGUCCUCGGCUCAGGCUCUUCUUCGUUGGCAUGACACCCAUCAGUACUGUAGCAAAACUGGGCAGCCUACCCAGAAGAACCUAGCUGGCAGCAAGCGUGUUUGCCAUACCAAUGGAAUAAUUUAUUACCCACAGAUGUCCCCAGUGGUUAUCACUUUGGUGUCUGAUGGGAGCCGGUGCCUUCUUGCCCGACAGGCGUCAUUCCCAAAGGGGAUGUACAGUGCUCUGGCAGGCUUCUGUGAUGUGGGUGAGACUCUGGAGGAGACAGUCCGACGGGAGGUGGCAGAGGAGGUGGGAUUGGAGGUGGAGUCUCUGUGGUAUUCUGCUUCUCAGCACUGGCCCUUUCCCAAAAGCUCCCUAAUGAUAGCUUGUCAUGCCCUGGUGCAGCCACAACCGACCAAGAUCAGUGUGAACAAACUGGAGUUGGAAGCAGCCGGCUGGUUCAGCCUGGAGGAGAUAAUGGAAGCACUCGGACGGGAGCCUAACCCUUUGAAACAAGAGGAUGGCAGCUUUUCACUUUUUCUGCCACCCAAGUGGGCCAUAGCUCACCAACUGAUUCAGGAGUGGGUUAAACUGCAGGCUUCCUCGCCUGCUUAGGCACAGUCUAUCACACCUUUAUUUUAGCAGGUAAAAACAAGUGAGGACGAGUUCUCACAGCGAUGACCCAGCCAGAAUGGCUCAUAAACCAUCUUAUAUUCAGGUACAUCUAGGGCCACAGAUGCAUAUUUGGAUAAGUCCCAACAACUCUGGUACACAAAGAACCAUCAAUUAGAUACAAUAUCAUAAGUUCCAGUAAAUCUUAAAAAAACAAAACCAAAAGCCCAAACCACUAGAUGUUACCAAACCAGCUACAAGCCUGAACCAUAGACAUCAGAAUGGUCAUACCCUACUACAUGCAUUUCCUAGAUGCCUCUUAGAAUAAAGGAUUCCACUCAUUUCCCUCUAUUUUACCCACUUAGACACCUCUGAUGUCACAGAAUAGAGCCUCACUCUUUUUGACAGAGGACUAGGUGGGAUUCCAUUUAGGGUCUCUCAGUGUUGGUCCUAGUGCUUCUCUUGCAUUUUUUGAUAAAGUGUGAGAAUAGUGCAAGUGCAAAUUUCAUUAAGUUUCCUCUUUCCAUUGCUUCCCUGCCCCAUCAAGUCUCCCACUAUGCUCAUCUUCAUACAAAAAUACCCUUGAUUUCCUUUGCUGCUAAAGAGGUACUACAUUUGUUCACAUUGGACUUAGCAGCUAAAGGUAUCACAAGGCCCUCCCUCUGUGCUGAGCACAUUGCCUCUACAGCUUUCCAUCCUCAAGGACCAAGAUUUGGUGAUAAACAGCAGAGGAACAUCACCUGCAUAAAGCUUGAACUUGCUUGAUAUUCUGGAAGAACUGCCAUGACUCAAACAGUAACAGAAAUUGCUGAGAGCCCAAGGAACACAUUUCUGCCUCAGUUCAUCGGGUAUCACUCUUAACUUCAUGCAUUGCUUAGCUACAGAGCAUUUCUGUGGAGCAGAAAGAGCCCAGUCACAAGGUUCAAGGGCUUGGCUAGAUGCUUGCUCCCCUUGUACUGGUGGAAUAGCAGGUUAUCACCCUCUAAGAGGCCUGCUGAAGCAUAGCUUUGGGCAGGCAGAGACUAAUAAUGGAGUUACCUGGAUUUCUGAUUUACUAGUAAUUAAACUGGAAAAAUUCAGGGUGCUUACGUGGUUGAGUUCUUGGGAAAAUGCACAGAUGCCCACAUUUUGAGGCUAUUAGUUUGGACGCUUGGAGGGAGAAGUUCAUUUUUAACCCUCACCAUUGAUCCUGCUCCUGGCCAAACACUGCUAGCUACUUAUUUUCUCUAGUCACAUGUGUUGUAACAGUCUGGCAUCCAGCUUUCUUUAAAAUGUAACUUACUGUAGCUCUGCUGGUUUGUUCUUUAUCCUUUCCCUGCAUGUGUGAUACCUGGGUUCUCCCCUUCUGGCUCUUCCUUUCAUCAUCCUUUCUUUUCCUUGCUGGAAUAAAGGGGAAUUAGGAAUGAGGUAGAGAAUGAGUGUAGAUCAGUCUUGUCUUCUCAUUCCCAUUUUCUAUUGUUUUCUAGCCUGCCUCUGCAACCUGUUUUUCUCAUGUGCACAAAACUCUUCCAUACAUCAGCUUCUCGAUCCCUCCUCCUGUACCCCUCUCUCUCACACCCCCACAAAUCUACUCAACCAUGGCUACUGAUUAUGGAGAGGCAGAGCAAAGUGUGAGUAGCUCAGGGCAGCACAAGGCAAUUACAAGAAGAAAAGGAGUGGCUCAGAUGAGAUGAGAAACUCAUAAUUGCAGCGUAGUCCACAUGUCAAAACUUAAAAGGAAAAAAGUGUUUCAGUAUGUCAAAGAAAUGUGGAAAUAUUUUGCAACUUCUGCAUCCUGUGGGAUCUAUUUUUAGGACAAAACAAGGUGUGUACCUCUUCACUAUCUUUCUCCAAGUUUUAUAAAUAUACAAUAUAUAUUUACCAUGUAUGUUGUCAGUAAGCCAUAGAAUGGUCUGGUAGAGACAUACAGCUAGCUUCAGAGUACACUGCAUGUGAGGCCUCUUAAGUACUGAGAAUGCAUCGGUGUAUUGCUCUGUUAAGUUUUUACAAUUAAUACUUCUAAAUGAAUUUUAAUUAGAGCAUAAAUACAUAAAGUCCAUUUUUCAAAGUCACUAAAGAAUGUUUACAUUUACACAAAUGCCACAACAAUCUUUAGCUUCAAACAGCUUUACAUCUUGCUUCCUCUCAGCCUUUUCAACCUUUGUCUCUUCUACUCUGCUGCCAAGGACUAUUUAGUGGGACUUCCUUUGGGUGUUGGGUGACCACCAAACACAGCAAUCUAAAAAUCAGCACUGCUUCCUUCAUCCUUCUGACAAAGAUGAGGGGAGAAGCCCAGCUGGGGGAGGAGCUGCUGUCCUCCUCCAUCUCCAUAGUGUUUGAUGCUGAAGUUGCCCUGUGCUCUCUAGAGUCCAGGCUGUUCCUCUCUGGGCAGCUGGCCUUUCAGCUCCAGUUGAGGUUCUUGUAGUGCAGGCCUCCCACUCUCUUCUUCAGCCACAUAUUUGUCAUUGAACACAUGACUACCUGGAUUUGUUUUGCUCUCUGCCAGUCCAAAGCCAAAAAACAAAGCACCCCCGCCGUUCUUAAUUUUCAAAAAGGAAGACUCUGGCAAGCCCCACUCCAGCCACAGAGGAUUCACACUUGAUGUAAAAGAACUGAUGAUGCAGUGGGACUUGGGAGAAACUGCAUGCACAGACAGGUAGAUAAAGCGCUGAGAGGCACAUUUUCCCUUCCACUGCUGCAGAUCUCACAUUUGCUCCCAGUGAGUUACGAAACUAAAUUACCACCUAACAUCUGAAUUACUUAAUUAUUAUCCAAUAUUAGACAUCUUAAUAGGAAUUAGAAUACUGUGGGCUGGCUGUGAUGGUGCUAGAGUGUGCUGCCUAAAAUAGCAUGCUUGCAGCUAAUUAAUCCAUUCAUGCUAGGAUCUGUCCCAGGCUUCAGGGCACAAGUAGGAAAAAGUUAAAUUGUCAGAAGUUCUACAUAAAUACUUCAGCAACAGAAGCAGAUAUUCAACUGAACCAGGCAAUUUUAUCACAUCCAAAACUUUGAAAGCAAAAGUUAAGAAACUGUUCCUCCCCACUUGGUUACCACACUGGGAUACCAUCAGACUUCACUCACCCAUAAAAUCCUAUUAUAAUUAAAAGCAAAAAUGCUUUAGUACAUUAUUCCAAAAGUCAAAAAGGCAAGAUGGCAAUGUUUAUUAAAGCAUUUAACUAAUCUUACAUGCUGAAUUCUAAUGUGGGUAAUUGUACAACACCCUAAGAUAAGAGUUGAUAAAUAUAAAUGGUUGGAAUAAAUAAAAUUCUUAAUGACAGGGAUUUAACUAAGACAGAUAAAAUCAAAACAAUCAGCAGUAGGAGAGCCUAGAAGAAACUGCAGCAGUUUUGCUCUGUGUUUUACAUUGACCAUUAAUAAUUUAGGAUAUUUUUCACCUUGUCCCUGUACAGAUAGUCAAAUUCUGGCACUUACAGCAUCUUAUCAGAGAUCCAUAAAACUCUACAAAUGUGGGCAAACUAUUAAUUUUACAUAUGGGAAAACAGACACAGGCCAAGGUAUCUCAGUAAGGUUGUGGCAGAGCCUCAGCCAGUGACUUCACUGGAAGUAUGACAAUUUAAACCAUUUUAAAGAUUUUUCUAACUUUCAACUCACCUGGUCUGGGAAGUGGACAUGUUGCCUCUCUUAUAACAGAGAUCUAAUAAGCCUCCUGCUGGUGAUGAUUGGAAUACUGGUUUGACAUUCAACAUCAGCAGUAUAGAAACCAGUUACUAAUCUCUUCUUUAGCAUCAAGAAAAUGGCGAUUUUUUGUACUUU